AUGAGAUCCCCCUCAUGUGACCUCGACGCCCUGCCGCGGGAGGAGCCCUCCGGCGCGUCGUUGGAGUUCCCCGUGUUCCCCACCAAUGUCCUCUUCUGGGGCACCCACGACGAGGUCACCAACGCCGGCCUGGCCACGCCCCCGCCGCCCGUCGCCAGCACCAGCGCCGCCGCCGCGAGCUUCUCGGCCUCCAGGCGCAAGAAGGAGAAUCUGGUCAUCGACAUCUCGAUGCGGCCCGUGGCCUUGAGCACGCCGCCCAUGAACUCCCCGCUGCCGGCGAGCCGGAUGCCCGGGGCCAUCGACGGGAUGUGGUCCCCGAUCUCAGCCAGGCUGCGGUCGUUGCGCCGGCUGCUGAGCAGAGGCAAGCAGGCCGUGGUCGGCACCUCCUACAGCCCGCGCGACGCCGGUGACAUCGAGCAGGGGCUUGCCGGAGCCGAGUCCUCCCGCCUGGCCAAGACGCCGAAGAUGCCUCUGUCGGCGAACUGA